GGCCAUUCACAAUCGUACAGAACGUCUUAAAGAUCGCCCGUUCGUCAUGAUACGUUACAUAUUAUUAUUUCUACAUGGCAUAAUUGUAAUAACAGCAUUAAAUUUGGACUAUUUGGACCCUACGAAACUUCAAACUAGGAUAACGCCCGCCGUGCAACAAGAAACUGCGUUAAAUAUCAUAAGAAAAUACGUGCAAUCCAAUAAUGUUAUAGUGGAAGUGAAUCCUUUAUUAUUUAAUAGUAAUAGAGACACAUUCUCGCUCAGGACAAGCCAAGGACAACUGCGGAUAAGAGCUAGCACUGGUAUUGCAGCGCUGUGGGGCUUUAACUACUACUUAAAGAAAUAUUGCAAAUCGCAUAUAGGAUGGCAAGUGAAGCGUAUAUCUAUGCCGUCCACUCUACCGGAGGUAGAUGAAACCGUGACAGCGAACGACAGAUUUCGUUACUACCAAAAUGUAUGUACGGCAUCAUACAGUUUCGUUUGGUGGACUGUAGAUGAUUGGAAGAACCAUGUGGAGUGGAUGGCACUGAACGGUAUCAACCUAUCGUUAGCACCCGUCGCACAAGAAGCUGCCUGGACCCGUAUUUAUAAACAGAUAGGUAUGACGCAAGAGGAAAUAAACGAACAUUUCACGGGACCCGCGUUCUUGUCCUGGCAGCGAAUGGGCAAUCUGCGCGGGUGGGGUGGCCCGCUGUUCCAAUCUUGGCACAACCGGCAAAGAGAUAUACAAAUAGCAGUGGUGGAUAUGAUGUUCAAACUUGGUAUCGUACCAGUUUUCCCAGCAUUCAAUGGCCACGUCCCUAAAGCUUUCUCGAGAAUUUAUCCAAAGACUACGUUUUACAAAGUAAACAGUUGGAAUGAUUUCAACACCGAAUACUGUUGUGGAUUGUUUUUGGAUCCAGGUGAACCUCUAUUUAAGACUAUCGGUACUCUGUUUCUGAAAGAAGUAACAGUUGAUAGCGGGAGCAGCCACAUAUACACUGCCGAUCCAUUUAAUGAGAUCAGUAUUUCAUCCUGGUCUACACCGCUUAUACAGGAAACGGCUAUGUCAAUAUUUUCCACAAUGACUCGGACUGAUGAAAACGCUGUCUGGUUACUACAGAACUGGAUGUUCGUCCAUGAUCCGGUUCUAUGGCCCAAAAACAGGGUCAAGGCGUUCCUAUCUUCUGUACCCAAUGGUCGAAUGUUGAUCCUAGAUCUCCAAUCCGAACAGUGGCCACAAUACGACUUUUAUGAAAUGUACUUUGGUCAACCAUUUAUUUGGAAUAUGCUACACAACUUCGGGGGAACAUUAGGGAUGUUUGGAAGUAUGGAUAUUAUAAACACAGAUGUGUAUGAGGCGAGAUCUCAGAAAAACAGUACGAUGAUAGGAAUCGGACUCACACCGGAAGGAAUCAACCAGAAUUAUGUUGUGUACGACCUGAUGCUGGAAUCCGCUUGGCGAAAAGGGCCAGUGCGUGACCUCGACGCUUGGGUGGGUGAAUAUGCUGCAAGACGAUAUGGCUGUAACGACACAGGGGUCGCAUGGAAAUAUUUACGAAAAAGUGUUUAUAGUUUCAAAGGCCUGAAUAGAAUUCGAGGGAAAUACGUCAUCAAUCGUAGACCAAGUUUCAGAAUAAGACCAUGGGCGUGGUAUAGCAGCAGGGACUUGUUUAAGGCAUUUGAAAAAUUUGUUUUUGUUUAUAACCCUUACUGUUACACUGAAGGCUAUUUUCAUGAUUUAGUUGACGUUACCAGGCAAGCGUUACAGUAUAGAGCCGAGCAGUUAUAUUCAAGAGUUUUGAUUGACCGAUACUCCAAUAAUUGGGUUUUCAAUGCGUCAAUUAACCGCUUCCUCGAUGCGAUGUCAGACAUAGAGAAAAUUCUGUAUGCAAGUAACGAUUUCUCUGCAACCCAAUGGUUGACAAAAGCUACUGAUCUGGGAAUCACAAACGAAGAAAAGUAUCACUAUGUAUUGAACGCACGAAAUCAAAUAACAUUAUGGGGUCCAAAUGGUGAAAUAAGUGACUAUGCUAGUAAGCAGUGGAGGGAACUAUUUACAUAUUACUACAUUCCACGAUGGACAACGUUUUUGAGGGCUGCAUUAGACGCUAAAGUGAAUAGAGAAAUUUUUGACGAGCGUAGUGUGCAGGAUAUAAUAAAGUCUGAAAUUGAAGAACAGUUUGUGAAUCAAGAAAUUGUGACUCAGCAACAGUCAUAUUUAGAUAUUACGAGCACCGCUAUACGUCUUUAUAAAAAAUGGGCGCUACUUCCAAAUUUGGAUGACCUUCCUCUUAAUAUAAUCGAGAGAGACCUUGAAAUGAAGACCACGUGGCCUGAUACAGUGGAGAGCGAUGUCACGCCGGGAACAGAUCCCACGGUACUCAUGUGGCAAUCUAGCACACCUAAUUAAUCAUUAUAUAUUUAAAUCAAACUCUAUAUAUAUAAGUAACAGUUUCCAACAGUUGUUUAAGCUUUACUGACACACUAUCAAAGUGACAUCGUUGCAAUUAUAAAUAUAUUCCAACCUAGCUUAGUUUUAAAGACUUUUAAAGACCUAAUUUUAUAUACUUCCACUCCAAAGGUCGUCAAUACGACGUCGAAACCAACAAUUCUUUGUGUCAAUUUAUAAUUCUGAUUAAUACAAAGAAAAGCUAGCAUAAGAGAAUAAAAAUGGCAAUUGACUCCUUCAAAAGUAAAUACGAACAUACCAAACCCAUUAACAUUAGUGUUUUGUCAUUUUUGUUUCAAGUCCAUACAAUUAACUUAAACUGUACAUUAAUUAAGCAAUAUGUGAAAAUUCUGAAGAAGUGCAAUCUUUACUAUCAUUAUAUUUAUUUAUUGAUACUAGCUUCUACCACGUUAUCGUCCGCGUGACUAUGACUAAUCGGGAUAAAAAGUAACUGUCCUACUCCACCUCAAGUGCUAUGUAAGUGCCAAAACAAAAAAUCUAACUUAUGAAUGUAUGUAUAUUUUGUAUAUGAUUGCGUGCUGUGCCAUGCUUUUAUAGUGCUACGAUAUACGUCAGUGCAUUAACAACAACCUUGUGUGUACUCCAUAUCCUCAUAUAUUUUACAAACA